AUGGUGUCAUUGUUGAACAGUGGAUCAUCCUGUGAGAACCCGAACAAGAAGCCAAUGCAAAAUAGUAAUGUGCCCAAGUACAAGCCUAGGAAAGUCUCUGCAGUUCGGGAUUUUCCACCUGGGUGUGGCCCAAAUGCUAUGCCAGUAGAUUUGAAGCUCAAAGAAGAAAAUAGCAAUGGUGUUAAGAAUUCUGAAUUGGCUUAUAUGAUGGAGGCAAAUGGAGUUGAAAAUUCUGUAAUGGCCAACAUUGUGGAGGCAAAUGAGGUUAGGGAUGCUGAAAUCUCUCAAGUUAUGAUACCUGAUGCGGUCAAUAAUUCUGAAAUAGUAAAUGUUGUGGUGCCUAGUGGUGUCAAAUUCCCUGAGAUUGAGAUUGAGGGUUGUCAAGACAUAGUUGUGAAUAAUCCUGUUGAAAUAGAAAUGACAGAAUCAGCGGAUGUGCUGGUGGGAGAAGUGGUGACCACAGCCACAGAUGAUUUAUCAAAUUGGGUUGAAGAACUGAUGAUGGGUACUAGAACCGUUGGGGUUGAAUUGCAGAAUGACGUAAAAUGUAAUUCAAUGAAGGAAGUUGACCAGGCUGAAGGUCAGAAGACUAUUCUAGAGGAUACAGCUUCAGAGGAAGCGAAACCUGGCCUGGAUAUUGGUGGUUCAAUUGACAGAAUGGAUUCACUGGGUGGUUCUCAGUUCUCAUUGUCACCCAAGGGAUCAACUGCUAAGGGCGUUAAGAUAGGAACUUCCUGUAGGCGUGAGGAUAAAUUCCGUCGUAGAAGAGUGUCUGCGGUUCGUGACUUUCCUCCUCUCUGCGGUAGAAAUGCCCCUCAACCAACUCAAGAAGAAAGGCAGACGGUUGCUUGUGGAAAAGAUUGUCUUGAUGCCAUUGAAAAUAUUGAAGUGGAAACGGAUGUGACUCAGAAGUUGAGGAAUAAUCCGGAUAGAGAGGCAUUGAGGGAGGUUCCAAUGAUCUCUGGAACCAAGUCUUUGGAAAGAGUUGAAAAGAUUGAAGUCAAGUCAGAAUCAAUUGGAACAAUGAGAGAUAUUGCAGAAAGAGGGUCAUCGGGAGAGAUAGUGACGGGUGUUGCCAAAAUCGAAGCUUUUCACAAUGUGGCAGGGAACACUUUAAAACGUGGGCUAACGAGAAAAACAAUUGAUGACAGUUUUGAAGAAUUUGAAAUUAGUUUACAGGAUGGUUAUUUCAAGGAAACAAAUCGAAGAGGAGCUCCAUCAGGUUCAAGGACCACGUCCAAACCAGUUCUUGAUUAUGCUGAUGUGGAUACUGGAGGACCAGUGGGGAGGGAUAUUGUUGUUUACUCAACAGACAGAAGUGAUAAAGCAAGGACUUCACAACAUGCUUUUAUCUCAGGGAAUGGAGUAGAUUUGGUGAUUGUACAUGCCCUGAUGGCUGCACCAAAUUGUCCAUGGACAAAAGAUAAGUCAGCUUUUAGUAAUUCAAGUGGAGGAAAUGUUAGGAAGCGGAGUUCAUCUUCACAAGAAAAGUCCAAACCGGUGGCCAAAAAAAGUGGUAUUAAAAGAGAAAUUUCAGGAGGACCCUCCCUGAAGAAGAAAAGAAUUCCUGUUUCCAGUGGAAGCCCAGGUGCACUGAUCAUCUGGGAUGAAAAAAAUAAUGGCGCUUGCGAUGAAGGUGUACCUGCAAAUUCUCCUUCCAGCCAUAAACCACGUGAUUUUGAUGUUAGCCUCCCUCCUUUUGGUCCCAAAAGCUCCAGUCACACUGAUAUCCGCAAUAGAGUGAGAGAGACACUUCGAUUAUUCCAUUCUAUUUGUAGAAAGAUCUUGCAAGGAGAAGAAGCAAAGUCAAUACCCGAAGAGGUAAGGAAGUCGAAGCAGCCUGAGAAAUCCAAGAGGAUUGAUCUUCGUGCAGCACAAAUUAUAAAAGAUAGAAAAAUGGAAGUUAACACAGGAAAGCAAAUUUUGGGAGAAGUGCCUGGAGUUGAAGUAGGCGAUGAGUUUCAGUACAGAGUGGAGCUUGCUAUUGUUGGCAUUCACCGCCUCUACCAGGCAGGUAUAGAUUCCAUGAAACACAAUGAUAUACUAGUUGCAACUAGUAUCGUUUCUUCUGGGGUUUAUUUUGAUGAUACUGAAGAUGCUGACGUCUUGAAAUACUCUGGAGAAGGUGGAAACGUUGUUGGGAAGAAUAAGCAACCCGAAGAUCAGAAGCUUGUGAGAGGAAAUUUGGCGUUAAUGAAUAGUAUAGCAGCAAAAACUCCAGUUCGUGUUAUCCGUGGAUGGAAAACAAAACCUUCUGAUUCUUUGGAUUCAAGAUCUAAGCUAGUCACCACCUAUGUUUAUGAUGGCUUGUAUACAGUGACAGAGUGUAGGGAGGAAGAAGGGCCUCAUGGUAAGAUGGUUUUCUUGUUUGAGCUGAGGAGGAAUCCUGGUCAACCUGAGCUUGCCUGGAAAGAAUUGAAGAAAUCUAAUAAGCACAUAGUCCGGCCCGGUAUUUGUGUCAAUGACAUUUCAGAAGGAAAAGAACCAUUAUCCAUAUGCGCUGUGAAUACUUUAGACAAUGAGAAACCUCCACCAUUUAACUAUGUUCCCAAGAUGUUGUAUCCCGCUUGGCACCAACCCGUUGCCCCUGAAGGCUGUGAUUGUUCAGGGAGAUGCUCGGACUCUAGAAAAUGCCGAUGUGUGUUAAAAAAUGGAGGUGAAAUUCCUUACAACCGCAACGGGGCUAUUGUUGAAGCGAAAACUCUUGUAUAUGAGUGUGGUCCUUCCUGCAAAUGCCCUCCUUCUUGCUACAACAGAGUCAGCCAACGUGGUAUUAAAUUUCGGCUUGAAAUAUUUAAGACAGAAUCAAGAGGCUGGGGUGUAAGGUCCCUAAAUUCUAUUCCUUCAGGAAGCUUUAUAUGUGAGUAUGCAGGAGAGCUUCUCGAAGACAAGGAAGCUGAACAAAAAAUUGGCAACGAUGAAUAUUUGUUCGAUAUUGGACAGAAUUACAUGGACUCUUCCCUGAGGCCAGAAGAACCAGGGAAUUCAGUUGAAGUUUUUCAAGAAGGUGGCUAUACAAUUGAUGCGGCCCAGCAUGGAAAUAUUGGAAGAUUUAUCAAUCACAGCUGUUCACCCAACCUUUAUGCUCAGAACGUGACAUAUGAUCAUGAUGACAAAAGAAUGCCUCAUGUAAUGUUUUUUGCAGCAGAGAACAUUCCUCCCUUGCAGGAGCUUACUUAUCACUACAAUUAUACAAUUGAUCAGGUUCGUGAUACCAACGGAAAUAUCAAGAUUAAGAAAUGCUAUUGUGGUACUGCAGAAUGUACAGGACUAAGUAAUGGGCUUUAA